AUGAAUCUACCUGCUCCAGGGACUAAAAUGAGUUAACCAAACUAAGAGACCUUAUUUGAAACUCUUAAAUACUCAAACACAGAUUACUUAAAUCGUCCAAUUCAAUAUGCUCCAGUUAUACGUCUCUUUGGAUAUGAGCCUAAAACAAAAGAAAGGAUGUGUGUACAUGUUCAUGGAUAUUUUCCAUACUUUUACAUAAAAGUUGAAGAAUUGAGACAUUUAUUUAUAGAUCUUGAUUUUGUUAAGGAUUUUAUAAAUAAAGUACAUUAAGUGUAUGCUUCAACAUUCCUUGCUCAUUUCCCUAAACAAUCAUAAGAAAAGUUCAAAAUCAUAUAUCAAUAUGAAUUAUGUCAGAAAUUAGAUUUUUAUGGUUUUCAUAUGUAAAAGCAACUCUUUUUAAAAUUGUAUAUGUAUGAUAAAUAGUAUAUGGCAUAAUUGGUUAUGCUAUUAGCAAGUGGUGCUGUAAUGAAUUACAAGUUUUAGUCAUAUGAAGUAAGAGUAUAUUUAUAUAAUUUAAGUCUCAUUUAACAUAUUUUAUGCAUUUUUAUAGUGAUGCAAAUUUAUUCGGAAUGAGUUAAAUCAAAAUACUCAAAUUGAAAUAUAGAAAAAGAUUUGAUAAAGAUUUAGAAUCAUUAUUGACAAAACCAAUUCUAUUUAGAGAUUUACAUAUAAACUAAUAUUCUCAUCUAUAUAAAGUUACAACUUGUCCCUUUGAAAUUGAUUGUCAUUAUUCCUCUAUUAUUAAUGAACGUUAUAAAGAUGAGAAGGAUAGAAUAGAAAUCUCUCGUGCAUUUAAUUAAAAUAAAGAAUUUGAAGUAGAAUUAACUCCAUCUUUAAAUAAACUUUGGUCAGAUGAAGAAAUCAAUAGAGCAAGAUUUAAAUUCAAUUAACCUGUCUCAUUUGUUGUAGAUACAUCAAAAAAUAAAGAAGGAUAAUUAUGGGAUCAUUAUCCUUCUGUUAAUGUUUUGAAUAAACAAUUUAUGAAAUAAUAUUUUCAAUUAUAUUAUGAUGCUAAAAAGAAUCAGAGUAAAUUUAAUAUAACCUCAUGUUUUAUAAAUCAAAAUAUUGCAUAAAUGUUUUUUAAUGGUUAAUAAGAUGAAAUGGAAUUAUGUAAAAAAUCUAUUAUCUAAAGAUUUUAAGAGUAUAAAACAAGGAAAAAGGAUUUAUUUGAACUUAUUAAAGAAGAAGGUAAUAUAGAUUAUGAAUAUGAUUUUGAUGAUAAAUUUAUUGAUUAGUAAGAUCUUUAAUAAGAUAAUGAAGAUGAAGAUCUUGAAGAUGCAGAAAGUAUUAUUAAAUCAUAAGAUGAAAAAAAUGUAUUUGAUAUUAUGAAAGAAAAUUAAAAACUUUAAGAUAAAAACAAAUUUAGAAAGAAAUAUCAUGCAAACAAAAAUAAUAUAAAAUUAGGUUAUAUAUUUUCUAUUUGUGAAUACUGUAACAAUAAUUUUCUAAUGUGCAAUUGCAUUGAAAAAAAAUAGAAAAAAUAUACUAUACUUAAACCAACAACUCGUAAACCUUAAAUCUAUCAAUAUAAAAUAAAACCACCAUCUCCUAAUGAAGUAUACUUAUAGUUAUAUAAUUAAAUGAAAUUAGUUGAACAUUAAUAUGCUUAUUUUGGAGACAUUAAGGAUUUGUACAAGCAUUAUAAUAUUAAACAUAAACAAAUACCUUAAAAUCAUAUUUAUGCUUUACUUUUAGAUUAAUAAUGUAUUAAAAUACCUGAAAAUAGAUUUUAUGCAAUAAGUAUUUAAAAUUCAACUAAAUUACCAUAAUCCUAUAAACUUGAUUUAUUUAGAGAAUAAUAAUAUAAUUGUAAUUUAAGAUAAUAUUAAUAUUAACAUGAACCUCCUACAAUUUAAGAAGUUCUUAUAGAUAUUGAAUAAAGAUAAGUAAUGAGAAAUGAUCCAUUAAAUUCAAUUAUUGAAAAAUCACAAUAUUUUUAUCCUACACCAUUAUCAAUAUAAAGUGAAGAUGAUAUAACAUUUUAAGAAGAUUUAGUAUUAAUGAUAUUUGAAAUAUUUUCUUAUAAAGAUUAAAAAUUAUUACCAGAUCCAGAAAAGGAUGAAAUUUCUUUUAUUAUUCUUCACUCUUACAAUGUUAAGAGUUCAAAAAUCAUGAAUAAAAUGCUUAUAAUUUAAAAUGAAGAGAAAUAUUUGAAGGCAAUUGAUGGUAAUUUUGAAAGAAUGAAUGCUCCUGUUGAAUAUACAAUAGUUCUCACAUAGAAUGAGAUUAAUUUAAUGAAAGCUUUUACUUUAAUUGUACAUCUAAUUGAUCCAGAUUUCAUAUCAGGUUAUGAUUUAGAAACUAGAAGUCUUUAUUAUGUUGCAAAUAGAGCAGAAUUUAUUGGUUAUGAUUUUUUAACAGAAAUUAGUAGAGGAUAACCAACAUAUGAUAAAUUGAUUGAAAUAUUUGAUUUUGAUGAAAUAUUGUUUAAUUUUGGAUCACCAUAACCAAUCAAUGAUAAAUUAUAAAAAUAUAUGGAUUAUAGAUUAUUAAGACCUACAAUUAAUAAAAAAUAAAGUUUUAAUUAAGAUCCAAAAACAAAAUCAUAUAAUUCUAAAGGAAAAUUAAAUUAAAUUAAUAGUAGAAGAAAGAAAUUAAGAUAUAUAACAUUUGUAGUUGGAAGAGUUUUAAUUAAUGUUUGGAGAAAUGUAGCAACAGACAUUAAAAUUAUAGAUUAUUCAAUAGAAAAUGUAUAUUAUUAGAUGUUUAAAGAAAAGAAUGCUUUAAUACAUAAUUAAAUUCUAUCAUAAUGGUUUAAAUCAGAGACAUUUCUUGUUUUCUAAUAUUACACUAAAAGAAUAGAUAUGACAUUUGAUAUUUUAGAAAUGAUUGGUUUAAUACCUAGAACUAUUGAAAUAGCUAAACUUUUUGGUUGUGAAUAUGAAUCAGUUGGUUUUAGAGGUAGUUAAUUUAAAAUUGAGUCUAUUCUUAAUAGAGUGACAAAAUUAAAUGAUUAUUUAUUAUUAUCAGCAACACGAGUAUAGGUUUCUACUUAGAAAAUUUUAGAAUGUAUGCCUCUAGUUGUUGAACCUCCUAAAAUAUUUACUGUAGAGUAUAUUAAUAUUUUUUAUUUAAAAGUCCUUUAAUAGUCCUUGAUUUCUAAUCAUUAUAUCCUUCAAUUAUGAUUGCCUAUAACUUAUGUUUUAGUACUUGUUUAGGUAGUAUAAAAGAAGAAUUUUAGGAAGGAGGUAAAAAGAGAUUUGGAGUAGUUACAACUGACAUUGACUUUGAAUCCUUGUUAUAAAAGUAUUAAAAUCAAGAAGAAUUGAUGAAACAUAUAUUAAUUACACCUAAUAAUGUUGGAUUUCUUACUAAAGAUGUUAGAGUAGGUAUAAUACCAUAAAUUUUAAAUGAAUUUCUAAUGACAAGAAUUAUGAUUAAGAAAUCUACUUAACUUUAUGAUAAACAUCCAAAAAUAUAAAAGUAACAUGGAUUUAGAUAAUUGGCUAUUAAAUUAUUUAUGAAUGUUAUGUAUGGAUAUUGUGGAGCAUCUUUUUCUGGUAGAAUGCCAUCUGGUGAUAUAGCUGAUUCAGUAGUAGAAUUAGGAAGAACAAUUUUAAAUUAAUGUAUAGAAUGUAUUAAUUCAAAUCCAAUAUGGUAAGCCAAAGUUUUAUAUGGUGAUACAGAUAGUUUAUUUGUAAUGCUACCUGGUAGAAAUGUUAAUGAAGCUUUAUAAAUUGGAAAUUAAAUAGCAUAACAUUGUACUAGUUUAUAUCCACAUCCAAUUGAAUUAAAAUUUGAAAAAGUAUAUGCAGAAUCCUUAUUGGUAGCUAAAAAGAGAUAUGUUGGUAAUAAAUUUGAAAAAGGAGAAUUUUAAUUGGAUGGUAAAGGACUUGAAAUUAUAAGAAGAGAUGGAUUUCCUGCUCUUUAAAAAAUAUAAAGAAAAGCUAUUAAUAUUUUAUUUAAGACUAAAGAUUUAUCUCAAUUAAAAUUAUAUAUGUAAAAAUAAUGGGCUAAAAUUCUACAAGAUCAUGUAGAUAUUUAAGAUUAUAUUAUGGCAAAAGAAGUUAAAUUAGGAACUUAUAAAGAAGGAAGACUUCCAGCACAUGCAGUAGUAGCUACUAAAAUAAUGAAUUCAGAUCCUAUGAGAAGACCAAAAGGAGGAGAGAGAGUUCCAUAUGUAGUCAUAUAAGCUUAAGGAACAUCUAAACUUGCUGAUUUAGUAGUCAAUAUAUAUGAUUUUUAAAGCACUAUGAAAUUGAAUCCACAUUACUAUAUUAAAUAAAUUAAUGCAGCAGUAGGUAGAUUAUUUGCUUGUUUUGAUAUUGAUAUAGCUGAUUGGUAUAGUAAUCUUCCAAAAAUGCUUGCAAAAAGAGAUCAUUUUAAAUAACAUCUUACUUAUAGUAAUGCUCAUUAAACAAAAGCUACUUAAUAUACACUUGUUAAAUAUCUUAAUAUAUAAUAAUGUUUACUUUGUGGAGAAGAAUCCAAAUUUGAAGUAUAUAAUUAAUAAUUAUAAUUAGAUAUGUAAAUCAUGUAGCUAAGAUGGUAGAACAGCCUUGUUUUUAUUAUAAUAUAAAUAAAAUCUAUUAGAAAUAGAUAAAGCAAACAUGAUAUCAUGUUGUAAAAGUUGUUCUAUUGGAUAUUAGAAUUGUAAAUUAUGGUCAUGUAGUUUACUUUUUAAAAGAGAAAAACUUAAUAAUUAUUUGAAUAAAGUAAAAUAAAUGAAUCAAAAAUACUAAUAGUUAAUUGAAUUUAUGAGUGAUUAUUGA